AUGGAGUUCGAGGUGUCUUAUAGCCUCGAUAAUGCCGAACAGUUCUGGGAAGAGCUGGACGACAUCGUCUCCGCACGCUGCGACUCGCACGAAGCCAUAGACAGCACCCUCCGCCGCUACCUCGCCUUCGCCGCCAACUUUCACGAGGACUAUCUCCAAACCGAGGACGAGCUCAAGCAGUGCGCGAGCACGCUACUGCAGUGCUCUAUCUUCACCAAGAACAAGGACUACGUGCGCACGCAGUUUGUCUACAGCCUGCUUCAGGAGGAUGAACCGCCGACGCUGCAGCUGGUUGCAGCUGUGCUCCUGCUCGAUGGCCUCGCCGAUAUCGACGACCAACACGUCUUCCAUAUGAUGCACAAGGAAGGAGCUUUUCAGCGCCUUGUUGAGCUCAUUCGGGACACCAAUGUCGACGAGCAGAAGAACAUGCACCGGCUGCUUCUGCAGCUCAUUUACGAGAUGUCGAGGAUACAACGCCUUACGGCCGCAGAGCUAGCUGUGGUUGACGAUGCCUUCGUCCUCGGUCUUUUCCAGACUGUUGAGGAGCUUUUUGGCGAUCCAAACGAUCCUUUCUGCUACCACGUCAUUCGUGUUUUGCUAGUUCUCAACGAGCAGUAUUUCGUCGCCAAUAUUCCGACCCCAGCUGUGCCGCUCACAAACCGCGUUAUCAAAGCUCUCUCAACCCACGGCCACAUUUACAAGACUUUCGGAGAGAACAUGAUCCUACUGCUCAACCGCGAGACCGAGGCUUCGCUCACUCUGCUGAUCCUAAAGCUCCUCUACCUUCUGUUUCUGAAUGAGAAGACGUGCGACUACUUCUACACCAAUGACCUUUACGUCCUGAUCGACAUUAUCAUUCGUAAUCUGCUGGACCUGCCGUCGGACGACACAACGUCGGCGGCGAUUCGACACACGUAUCUACGCGUGCUGCACCCGCUGCUGGCCAAUAGCCAGGUCAACCGACCGCCACACUACAAGCCGGACGAGCUGCUUAAAAUGCUGGACUACCUCAGUGCAUCUAACGAAAACCCCUGGCGGCACUUCGAGGCGCAUGAUGAAACGACGAUCCGGCUGGCUAAACGGUGCUCCGAGGUGGCGUGGCUGAAUAAACGCCGGGCAAGCUUCUCGGUCGACGGUACCGCGGGCCGUGACAGUCCCAACCAGGAGGGUCACAAGGCGGUGGCGCAGCGGAUGUUGGGGAUGAGCGUGCCGACGGCGGGCGAGAGCGCUCUCAGCGUUGUCGAGGUGGCGGCGCAUCAGGAAAAGCCGGGCGUGCAGACGCCGAGCAAGAACAGGGAUGCACAGGAGUGA